UGCCUCUCAGGAGAAAACGCGCUGGUUCAAAGACACCACAUGCUCGACUGACACCUACCCUUUCCUCGCCUAACAAGAUGUCACCGCUUUGCCCUCCAGAUCAGAUGACAAUCACCGUGUAACCAUGGAGGCAGCACACUGAAGGGAGUGAUGGAUGUGAUCAACCGAGAGCGAUGAUUUGAGCUGGAUCCGAGGAGAGGAGGAGCGACAGCAGGUUGUUGUCGGGUCUUCCACUGAGUCCCGGGAGCUGCCGCUCAUCCCUGACUUCAGGAGCCUUCAGGACCGUCCCAGCUGAUGCCUCUCCAGAGUGCUCGCACGUGGAGUCCCGUCGUCCUGAGCGAUGAAUGUCAUCCGGUCAAGUGCAGAUCUCCAGGGGUCGAGCGUCAUUCUGGCCGUCCACUCUGUGGCCCCUCCCCGCCCCACACAAAGGUACUUCAGCGUAGAGCUUUUGAGCUGGACAUGAAUGGGACCCACUUCACCCAGAGGGAAUAUUGUCUGACAGCAGGCUAAAACCGCGCCAGUUUUGAGUCCAAACGCUUCCAUGCCGUCAUUGGCGUCUAAUGGAAGAUAAAUCUUCUAUCAAGUCCGCCAUGGUUUCUCGACUGCCGAAGUUUGGUGGGCGAUCCUCGGGGGGUGGUAGCGCCCCGCCAACCAACUGCUCCACUCAACAGCCAGUUACCGCCACGCAGGAUAGCAAGGCCACUCCGACAGUGUCCCGGCCAAACGGUGUAAUCCGAUCCUCUCCCUUUUCUUUGAAAUGGAAGAAGAAUGAAGGGACGACAGUUCCCAGUCCGUCUGCCCCCACCAGCCCGGGAGAUGCCAGUGUGGAUAAGACACAGCUUCCCACUUUGACAAAGGAGGUAAAAAGCACCACUCCAGGAACACCCAAAGUCCGGAGGUCAGGCCCUUUAACUGUGGCUGUAUCCAGCCCCAAGACCAUCCAUAAGCAAACACCAAUCAGUCCCCAGGUGGGGGCCAAGUUUAGCCCACUUAAUGGAGGCCCUAAAAUAGGUCCAAACAGCACUUUAAAUGCUUCCCGGACCGGGUCAGAGACACGGCUUGCGCGUCCCAGGCCAAGUUCCAGCUCACCCCGAAGCAGCUCUCAAGACAGCUUAUCGCAGUCCAGUGAGAGCUUGAAAAACCUGGCGCUUGACAACAUGGUUCGAUCCAACAGCUUCACUCACUUCAAACAAAUUCCCUCACCCUCCAGCCAACCCAUGACACGCUCCUUCUCCUUCAACCGUGCCGUGGAGUUGGCAAAACCUCUGGCCAAUACUCAGCUCCAGCCCCCCCGGGGUAGUUUCCUCAAGCCACCCCAGCUUAGCAAUGGGAGAGCUGGUGCUGUCCUGGAUGGCAGCCACCUGGGUUCUGGCUCGACAAUUGGGGGCCGACAGUACAGCAGAGCUACAUUAUCCACAUCAUCACUUCCCACGCUCUCAAUUCCUUCAGCACCUACUACUCCUAGUGCUCUGAAGAAGCCGCUGCUCCCAAGUUGUGUGUUCAACAAGUCACUCGGAACUAGUGGUGGGGGUUUGAGUUUUCGACUGGCCAGAGGACAGGUCAAACAGCAAAAGCCAAUUCUUCCAUGUCAAGUAAAAGGCGAUGUUGGACAACCAGCCGUGUCAGAUUGUGGAGGUCUCCUAGGGAUUGCAGUGGACAUCGCUCCAAUCACAGAUGCAGACAAAGCAGUCUCUCCUAGUGACAGUGAUGGAAGUUCUGGCGACGGAGGUGCACGCGACGGAGAAAACAGCAUGCCGAGCUCUGGGCUGACAGCAGGCGAGACUCCAGAGGACAUGUCCUUAUCCUCUGCAUCAUCGCUAGACAGAGGUGACACCAGUGAAGAGUUCCAGGAUGACUUUGAUAAUGGCGCGGAUAUAUUCAGUGAUGGAGAGGCGCACGAUGACAGGAAGACUGCUGACCAAACAGCAACUCGCUUGCAGAACUUCCUUUCUGCGACCAUGGACUGUGUCACUGUCGAUUUGACAGGGCAUAAUGACGAAAGCCCCAUGGAAGACUCCCAGGGGCCACUGGUGAUGUCUCCUGAUCGGGGUGAUGUGUGCCAAGCUUCGUCUUUGGAGCUCUCCCCUUCCAACAGCUCUGGAGGCACCUACAUGUGGGACGAAGAGGGUCUUGAACCCCUAGGAGGUCCAGUUCCCCUGCCAUGUGACACGUACGAUGACUCGGAGCUCAACAGUGUGGAUAUUCUGAACAAUCUGGAUGCUCCAAGCAACGGAGAGUUGGAUGAUGAUGACCUCAUGCUGGAUGUGGACCUCCCAGAGGAUGGCACACACGAGUUUGACGCCAUGUCUCAAAGUGAGAGGGGCCGUCGACCGGGGCAGCGUCGGAAGCAUCACCGCUGGUCUGGACCUGAAAACUUUUACAAUGAAAGCAGGUCCCUUUUCUUCCCACACUACGACGCUCACAAGUUCUCCAGGAUUUCGUCACAGCCCAUCCUUUCUGAGAGCAGGCACCAGGGUCUCCCUGUUACACUGGAUGAGCUCACACUUGACCACAUGAACCAGGACUGCUCCACACUCAAGAAGCAGUUGCUCAAGCUGAAAUCCCUGCUACAGCUGGAGGACACAGACUCUCCAGCAGAUGUUGCAGAGGAAAUUGAAGACAAUACCAGCGCUACGUCACGCCAGUUGGAGGAGAUGAUAAAGGAAGUGCAAAUGCUAAGAGAAGAAUUGAGGAGUCGAGACAAGACAAUCGUUCAGCUCACACUGCAAUGUCAACAGCUGCAGCUGCAAAAUCAGAGGGAACUAAUGCAUUCUCAAGGACAAAGUGUCAGGUGUCAGUGCCACCACCAGAGGGCUCCCUCUACUCUCGGACAGACGGACAAACAAGUGAAUAAACGAAUGCAGCAGCACUAUGACAAAGCCACACAGACAUACUGGAGAUCACCCAGCCACGCUCCUCACAUACUACAGCCUUUCCACCCUCAAUGCCUCAGCGAACGUUUCCACCAGGAAAGACUAGUAAGCUGUCUCCCCACCGAGGGCCACAAUGACCUUGCACUCAACAGCACAGUAGGAGGAGCCACUUCUGACGAGUCUCUUGAAGGCUUCAUGGCCGAGGCGUGUUCCCGAGCAGACCCUAAUGAGCUGAGUCAUCAGCUGAGCACCCACCUGCAAUGGCAAAGUGCCGGGACACGACAGAAGGUGACAGUCAAGGACGCUGAAGGAUCCGCGUCACACGCUCGCCCUCGCUUGCUGCAGCCGCCUCGCUUGCACAAACGCGUUUCUCUCCCCGCGCUGAAACCAGGGGGCAUGGGUGGCGCUCCGAGUCCGGGAAGUCCCUCGGGGCAGUUCGCUAGCAGGACCAAGCAGCUGCCCCCGCCGUCUCGAGGCCUUCCCUGUUUUAACGCAGGGCCGCAGCUGCAGCUCCCGUGUCAGAGUCGCCCUUCGCUGCUUCAGCCUCGCAGAGCAGCAGAGCUGUUCAGGAAUUCACGGUCCGCCAGUACAGAGGAUUCCAACCAACCCGGAUUCAUCGGGAAUGGAUCAACCAAGUUGGCACCCUCUUUAAGACACACUGGUCUCCCAAAGCCAAAGAUUCAUUGACAAGCAUCAUAUAGGCUAAGAUCGACCCAUUCUACGAUCAUCUUGAACUUGACAGGCUAGUUUUUUUCCCCAAAAAUUCAAGACUGCAGUCACCAAAAUCCAUCUUAACUUUACUUUCAGGUGUUAACUUUUAGAAAUCUCUUCAGGUCAUGGCACAUUUUCUACUCGCACUGCUUUGCCCUGUGACACAGAGGUGAUUUAAAACAUUUUUUUUUUUUCCAAACAUUGAAGCGACAUGAAUGUGACCUUUACUAAGUAUUUGAAGCCCCGAGGGGAGGCGUUGUUCAGAACUAGCUAAAAUAGAAGGGGAAAAGAGAGAAUGGAAACGGAAGACGUGGAAGACGUGUCAAAGACUUAGAGGUGACCAUGCUCCCUGAAGUGCGUCUGGGAAGAGAAGGUGUCUGAUGAGUGUGGAGGAGAAAUGCUCCUCUGUGUUGGUGUUGUAACAAAGGAGUGAAAGUAGAGGAACGUUUGGGGCAUUCUGGAUACAAAUCAACAUCAAUACUGUCACAAAUAGAGGCUUAUCGACAAGAAAAUAGAUUUUAAACAGUAAAAAGCAGCAGUACAAGCAACGGCUUGCUAUCCCUCUGCUUGAUUUCGGCCACUCUCCCUUGACACUACGGUAUUAAAUCACACCUGCGCUGCUUUACAGUUAUUUCUCUUUGCUCUCUAACUACUCUCAGAAGACACAAUGACUCCUUACUUCGUGUUAAUUUCAGGCCUUUCUCAUGCUUCUAGAAUAUAUGAUGGGUGUAUUAUUAUGGCACCUUGAAAUUGCCUAUUAUCUCACAAAAACACUGCUCGUGGAGAACUAGAAAUAAUCUGCUGAAGUACCUUAAGAACUGCAAUAUUAUCUAGCAUGAAGUGCAGUCAGAAAAGCUCUGGCAGUUCUUAUAACCAGCAAAUUCAUUGUGUAGGUGAAGUUUGAAAACCAAAUAUCAGCUCUUCAUUUCUGGAAAAAAAGAGGUUUUGUUUGUCAAAAGUUAAUGAUGAUUUUAUUAUGUGCGGCAGUGUCUCUAAACGUCUUCCCUCAGUGACCCCGGCAUGAAAACAUCAGCUAACAGGGAUUCAUUAGACGUGCGAUGCUGCCGCCUCUCGUGCCUGCAUGUGUGUUUUAGCCGUCUUCCUCUCCGUCUCCCCCUGUUUUAUCGCUGACCUCCCAAACUCUUGCACGUCUCUUUGCGAACAUCAAAGGUAUUAGUCCGGAAUUUUCAGGUACAGAGCCUUUGGGGCUUUAGUGGUAUUUCUGUUGGAGAUGUGGCGAAUUGUGUUUAUCUCCUUUACAGAGCUCCUUUGCAGCCAAGUGCUCCCAAAAUGUCCCCAAAACGGAGAGCAGCAGUGUGUUAAAAAGGUCCUUUGACAGCAACUCUGCUCUCUUUUCCGUCACGCGGCGUGACCACUUGGUGUACGCCUCUGGCUCUGUCCGGUCUACUGCGUCCAAUAAUGCACCCAGCAUGGAGGGGCCGAGAUAGGAAGACUCUUGAAUCACACGCCGCCUCACGUUUUACAUAGACGAGAACUUGACAAAACUUAGAGUGACUCAGAUCUUUCGCGCAGCCACAUCACCGUACACGCUGUGAAUUAUUUAGCUAAGCACAUGCAAGUGGGCUUGUGUUUUUUUUUUUUGUAACUGUGCUGUAGAAUUUUUGCGGAUUUCCAAAUGCAAACACUCCAAAUCCAUACAGAUCUGUUAUCUAGCCAAGAGACUGCUGACAUUGGGAAGUGAGAGCGAGUGUUUGAGUUUAGAGUGGGAGUGUAAACAAACUAAAAGUUGUCCCAAUCUGUUGUUUUACCAAGGCAACAGUUUCAAAUAAAGCUGCGAUGUUGCAGUAACUACAUGACUCAGCUCACACGCUGAAGAUAUAGAACAGUUUAUGAAAACGCUACGCCAUAGUUGUUUGAAAGUCAACCUGGGAAAUGCUGGCAGGUUAUAUGAUUGACCCUGAUAUUUAUGGCCCUCACAAGCCUGUACAUGACCAAAUAAAGAAGAUUCAAUUUGGAAACUAACUUAUGAAUCUACAGUAUAUGUGUGCUCACCCAAAUGUUCUGUCACCAAGCUGCUGUGGAAAACAGUUUUCAGACACCCCUUGAAUUCUACUCUCUGCUUAUGGCACGACUAUGAAAUAUGAAUUGGAUGAUAUGACGGCUUGUUCAGUUUUGAGCACAUUCUCUGUUAUUUGUUGACUUUGAUUCCAACUGAGUUGAGAAGUGACAUAUUCAAACUGUCUGGAGUUUUGUUUUGUCCAAAUGUACAGCCUUAGCUUUUGACACACAAGAUUCUUCAUGGUAAUAUUUGAGGUUUCAAAUAGGAAUACAAUGCUAAACCAGGACUACUCACAUAAUGAAUAGGUCCACAGUUUUAGGUGCUGUCCCAUGAUGCCCACAAGACCCGAGUUACUGCACUUAAAUAAACAUAAAAUCCCGUUGACAGUAACAACAACAAAACUUCUACGUACUACGUACGCAUGCAAGCCCUCUUCUCCUUCCUCAUGGUGCUCGCUCACUGUUACCCCCCUGGUGUUGUAGAUUACUACUACUACUGCUUCACUGGUUAUAUGCCUCAAAUGAGGAGGUUAUGUUUUUGUGGCUGUUGGUUUUUCUGUGUCCUCAUAGUAACUCUAAAAAUUUUGGACAGAUUUGGAUGAUGUUUUGAAGUAUUAGACAAGGAACUAAUGAUUCAUGAUCCAGGUCUUUUUGGCCAUCAAUUCACUUAAUCUUUAAGUCCACAAGAUAUACACACUUCCAAGGCCUCAGUUCUCCUUGACGGUCCAGGGUCUAAGAUUCAGUGCUCUUAUCCCCGUGGCCCAGGUUUGAUUCCAGGUCAGGAGUUUUAGUUCUUUAAAUGAGUCUCUGUUGGUGGAGGUUUACGCUCUCUCAGUGCUUUUAUGGUUUUAUAUGUUGUGAUGAUGAAAUGAAAAAGCAUACUGUGUUUUCCACUACUGAUUUCUGUGACGGCUAAUGGCUGAUGUUGAGUCUUGCCUGACAAAAUAUGUCACAACUGUAUUUUAAUAUUUAAAGUAUUUAGGAAUUAUUUGUCGACAGCUGUGUGUCAGCCUAGUUGAGUUGAACUUCAGUUAUGAUGGGGAUCAGUGGGGGGAUAGUGUCUGAAUAUUUGGGGAGACCAGUCAGUUGCCGCCACUCAUGAUCAGAUGCACUAGAGCUUGAUGGAGACUCAGGGAAGAGUAGAUUAUUUUCUGCGAGAGAAGCUGGUGAGAUGUAGGAGUAUGUGUCAAACCCCUGGCCUGGGGUUCAAUUUUUGUGACCAGGAAGGCUUUAAGAAAUAUAAAGCUCUUGUGGUAUUAAAUCCAAAUUCCAUGUGCGUAUCCUGAACCAUCAAGACCCAGUGAUAAAGCAACUGGCUGCCUGAGAUACUUAAACUAGUCACACUGAACGGUCUGAUACCAGAUUCUGCUCAGAUUCCUGCCCAGUAAUAAACAUUUGUUUUGACCUUGUCUGUUAAAAUAAUGUGUGAUUGAGUUUAUGGAUGCAAACAAUUGUCUUCUUUUUGUGUUGUUCCUGGCUCAAUUGUGAGAUGGCUGGCGAGACUUGACGACUGUGGCUGGGGAACAUCUUGGGAGCGCUUCGCUUCAGCUCUGGUGGGAAAGCUUGAGCCCUCGAUGGCGAUUACUGAUGUAUGCAUGCAGAUACGAAAACACAAAGUGUCGGCUCGACAAAACACCUCGUCUGCUUCCAAACAAUCCUCAGAAGCGAACAAGCCUGCUGAGCUGAUCUGUGACUUCAGGAGAAAGCAGCGUUAUCCAAACAAAAGCAGAUAGAUUGAAUAAGAGAGAUGCGUAGUAAGACAUCACUGUGAAUGUGUAGGAGGAAGACUGGGAUUGUUUUUUCUUCUUCUGUGAAAUCAUUGUGUAUUGAAAGAGGAAUAGGGGAAGGGGGUUGAGUGUGUUUGUUUGUGUACACUAUGGUCCAGAGAGUCGCCCGAUCCCCUCAGCUGUGUCACUCACUGCUCUGUAAUACCAAAAAAGAAAUCGAUGUUGUCUGCUCUGUGCGUGUGUGUGUGCGCACGCGUGUGUGUGUUUCCACAGACACCUCGGGCUGCCAGCGUUACUCUGCUGGAAGUUGUGUGUGUGUUUGUAGGAAGAGCUAGAGAGAGAGAGGCGUCUGCUCAGAGGCCGCGGGCUAACUCAUGCCAGGGAAGGCACGGCGCUACGAUCCUCCUCUCGCUGCGCUGGGUUCUGCAUCUCCAGAUCAAUGUCUUCCCUCCGCGCAGCCAGUCAAGCCAAUCAGUCUCUUUUAGCAAUGCUAAACAAAUCUGCGACUGUGAGGACAGGUCUCUGCGGCAGCCCGGAUCAAUUCCAAUGCGGGGGUGUGGUUCACUCUUUUUGGGGCUCCUAGCUGACUAUGCUUUCAGACGCAUUGCGCAAUGGCGAAUUAGCAUCUAGCAUUAGCCGUGUUACUGAAGACAGCGAAGGACGAAGCUUAUGUGAGAGAUGUCACUGGAUAUUUCUCUCCACAGAAAGUGCAAUUCGGAUUUGUUUCACUUAGUCUGAUGCCAGUGGUCUUUACUGACAGCGUUAGUUUAGAUCACCAGGACUUAUAGCUGUGGUUAAGGGGUCAAGGAAGUUACCUCUGGUGAUGCUCGUCCGGCAAACUAGAGUAGAUAUAUAUCGGCAGCCAAAUUUAGAAACUGAAGCCAGAGUAAGACGCGACGUUAUUUAUGUUUGGCAGCAGCAACGCUGCCUCUGACUUGGGACAAAAACGCUGCGUGAGAAUGAGAAUGAAUGCUAAAAUACUGGUCAAUUGGCAGUUGAGCUGACCAUCCAUACACCAUCCAUAGUGCGCUUCGUAAAAGAAAGACGGAAGUUGGGGUUAGGUUAGACGUGGGAUGGCGCUCCCGUCAUUCUUCACAUAAUGACAAUUCCUAUUUAAAUCCCCUCAAACGGCUGUCCGUUUCAGGAAAGAGGAGACACAUAGGGGGUUAUAAAAACGUCCGAUGCAAAUCCGUGAAGAGAGCUUCUGAACGUCGCCCCGCACACCUUCCACACGGUCCCCUACAUGGGUAGCGUAAUAUUUCCUACCCCAUUGAAUUGCCUAUGUGUCAACAUGCUACGCAGAAGGCUGCCAUUGGAGUCAGUGUAAGACGCAAAAGUCCACUCAGCAUCAGAAUCAAAUUUAUUGCCAUGGUCAGUGGGGAUCCCACCAACUAGGAACGUGCUUCGGAAUAAAGUGCUGUCAAUAAAAUAAAAUAAAAUAACUCGCAAACAACAAAGGCUGACGUCAAUAUAUGACGCCAAGGGCGGAUGGGUCAACAAUUCUGACUGAUGCUGAAGUGACAUAACAUGUACCACGUGUCCCAAUGCAAUAAAUCUGCUUCAUUCAUGUGCUCAUUUGUCAUAGCAUCACUCAUGGAAGCCAAAGAUGUGAAUAAGCAGUUCAGAAAUUCUUAAAUUAUUUAUGAAUCUGGAGCUAUUUUAAGUAUAAGCACAGCUGUCAAGGCUCACUGCAGGGCAUAAUUAUUAAAAAGUAAAAGAAUUUGACAAACUUUUGUUACUGUUUCCGUCAUUCACUUUAACCUAAGACGUUCUUUGGUCUAGAAUUUGAAUUAUUAUUGUUUUUUGUUUUUUUUGUCCUGUCACCUCUUGUGUCACUGAAUUUUGACAUAUUGAAAAGAAUGAAUUGAUCGACAAUUUAAAAUGUCACUUGAAACAAUUGGUAAUGGGUCUAUUAAAGCUGUUGCACGUUGGUUUCAGCCGACGCGCCUGUCGCUUCAGUUUGUGAGUCAUUUUUGCUGCUGCACAAAUAUCGACCGCCACUCGUGUUUGUAUUGUGCAAUAGUGUCAAAAGCAGAAGAGACGAAGAGAAAGCUGCUCCGUGUAACCAACAUAACCUUAUACAAAGCGAUAUACUAAUCCGAUGCACUUUAAAUGGAGACGAUUGAAACUGGAUUUAACGUAGACAAGACCUCCUUUUAUUCUCCUCAUUGAUUUUCCAUUUUCUGUUGGUGUGCUGUGGUUAAUGUAUUCGGCGCCGUGUGAGACGGGCCUGAAUGUGUUGGCCACAGGUGAGCGCCCGGCCCUCCCGCUGUCACGGUCCCACCAUGACAUGGGGAGUUUAUCGGUCCGGGCUGCAGACACCAACACAGAUCAAGGCUGUUUUAGACUCUCAAAUGAAGUGGUUUGUGUUAUUUCCACUGUCGAUUUAAGAGGAAAUAAAGUUGAUU